AUGGCUGUGUUGAUGUGUGUGUGCUUCAUGGCGAUCUGGGCGCCCUACGCUGUACUGAGUAUCUGCUUCUCUUACAUCCCAAAGUUUGACGUCACCGCUGUCCAAUCCGUCAUCCCCACGGUCCUGGCCAAGUUCAGUCACGUGACCAACCCGUUGGUAAGUUCAUCAUCGUCAUUAUCAUAG